AUGGCUCUUAGGCGGUCUCUUUUACAGUUCCUUACCUUCUCUAGCGCAAUUCCACUUGCAACAAACAAGCCGGCAUUGAUACUAGUACCUGAUGCCUUCCAUCGAGCUAGUGUGUACGAUGAAGUCAAAGCGCAGCUCGGUGCCGCGGGCUACGGGCAUAUCAGUGCAGUUGACUUGCCUUCUGGGGACAAUGGUAUCGCGGACGUCGAGAGGACAGCAGAUAACAACAUCGUAAUCGGCUUGCUUGAGACUAGACUCAAGAAUGGCGAAGAUGUCAUCCUGGUCGGCAGCAGUUAUGGCGCAACCGCGAUCAUGGAGGCUGUGGAAGACUUCGAAGACCGCAGUGCAAUAUUUGUGCCGGAGAAUACAAGAGGAGAAGGCCAAAUCUUGGGGCUGAUCAUGCUCUCUGGUUACAUUCCCACCGUCGCCGAAGUCAACCACGAUCCAUCUCGCCCAUACAUUCGCGGCAUCGGUGCGCCUUUCUUCAACUAUCACCUCUCUGCCACCGAUACUCCUACCACUGUUACCUGGGCUCUCGAUCUGGUCACAUACACACCCCAAAUCACAUUCUACAACCUGCUCGAUGCCCCGGAAGCAGACUAUUGGACAUCGCCACAAAAAGCCUGA